UUAGUGCGUGUGCGCUGUUUGUUUGGCCGAUGUGUUCAAUGAAGACAUGGAAAAGCACACGUUCUGCUUGUUAUUUGUUAAACCACACUGUGUUAAUUUAUAGUUACUUCGAUGACGAUGAGACAAUAUUAGGGGAUAUCCCUGCAGGAAAUAGAAACAAUCGAAAGCAAAGAUGUGUUGCUCCGGGUUUCUCAAGAUAAUGAUGUUCAUCUUUAAUGGAGCCAUAUUUUUGGCGGGCGUGGCCAUCCUCGCUGUGGGGGUGUGGGUGAAGGUGGACAGUGAGUCUUUGUUCGGCCUGAUCGAAAACAUAGAGGAUGCCCCGGCCGAACUCUCCCAGCUGGCCAACGUGGCCUACCUGCUUAUUGGGGUCGGAGCAGUCCUGCUGAUCAUGGGCUUCCUGGGGUGCUGUGGAGCCAUGAAGGAGUCCAGGUGCAUGCUGAUGCUGUUCUUUAUUAUCAUCCUGAUCAUAUUCAUCGCAGAGGUGGCUGGGUGUAUCGUGAUAUUUGUCUUUCAACCACUGGCAAAGGAAAUUCUUGAGGACCUUGGCGACAAGGUGGUUGUGAGCAUCAAAAAAGGCUAUGGGCAAGAUAAGACCCUGACGGACCUUUGGAAUGGUACUAUGAAGGAGUUCAAAUGCUGUGGAUACCACAAUUUUACAGACUUCGAUGGCUCCCCCUAUCACAGCAAAACCAAGUCAUACCCACCAACGUGUUGCAUUCCAAAUGGCCCCUGCGACACCACAAAUGCAGAGGAAUCGAACGUGUUCGGCUGCUUUGAUAUGUUGCUGAAGCUGGUUGAGGACAAUGUUGUCAUUAUUGGAGCUGUGGGCAUAGGCAUAGCUGCUUUGGAGAUUGCUGCCAUGGUGGUGUCAAUGGUGCUCUAUCAACAGAUCGGUGACAAGUAGCGCUGAGGAACUCCUGACACUCAUUACCGAAUAUGACGAAGGCUGUAUUAUUAUCAACGCACCACUUCCUUCAAUCACUGGCUGGGUCCAUACGCGCCUUGUUCAAAAUCCUUACACCACCUUCGGUUUAGGGUGAUUUCCUUUGGGACACAAUCAUCAUGUUGGGCUUGAAAAAACAAUGCACAGAUUUUUGAAAAUAGCUACCAGAAAACCAUGGAAGGAACCUUAAUUGUUUGCUCUGGUCAUGUUAUACUGAUUUCCUUAGAUUUAACCUUGAUAGUAUAUCAACAAUACAGUGUCUGUGCACAUACUGUAUUCUGGACUCUUAUUUAUUAUGUUUAUUAAUUAUGUAACUGUUUUAAGAAAUGUGAGGUAUUGUUGCUACAACUCACACAUUUUUGCUGUUGUUACUUCAAAUGUGUUUAAUUGAUGUAUCUGUUUUGUUAAAUAGAAAGUCGUGGAAAUUCAUCAUUCCCUUUACCACGUACAAUUUUAUCUAUUCAUAAGGUUAUUAUUUGUUGGUUUCUCAAUUAUUCGCCUAAAUACAAGCUGGAAUCUCUCAUAUCGUCAUUGUAUCCUCAAAAUAAAAUCAGCAAAUAAUUUUGUGA